AUGCUGUCGCUGGAGACGGCUCUUUGUGUUCGUGUCAUUCUGGAGAGGCCGUUCGUUCCCCAUCCAUUGCAGAGCAGACGCGCCGCCCACGCCGCGCCGCUGCAAAACCUCACUCUGAUCUCCAUUAUAGGGCAGAGGCUCCAUGGCAGAUACCAUGAGUUGGCACCCCAUCUGGUCCCCAUGGAUUACACCAAUGACCCAGACGUCAAAGUCCCGUUAGCGCUCAUAGUCAACAUGCCGGAGUUGAAGGAGAACCCGUUCCGGAACCGGAUAGUGGAGUCAUUCUCCGAGGACGGCCUGGGGAAUCUCAGCUUCAACGACUUUGUGGACAUGUUCUCCGUACUCAGCGAGAUGGCCCCUCGAGAGCUGAAGGCUAUUUACGCCUUCAAAAUCUACGACUUCAAUGUGGACAACUUCAUCUGCAAGGAGGACCUGGAGAAGACACUGAACAGGCUGACCAAGGAGGAGCUGACCCCUGAGGAGGUCACCCUGGUGUGCGACAAGUCCAUCGAGGAGUCCGACCUGGACGGAGACAACAAGCUCUCCUUCGCAGACUUUGAAAACAUGAUCUCAAGGGCUCCCGAGUUUUUAAGCACCUUCCAUAUAAGAAUCUGA